AUGGAUCUAAGGAGUGGUAAUGUAACAAGGAGAGAGGAUGAAGAUAUAAGUAUGUCUGAAGAAGAGAGUAGGCCAGGAACAAGUGAAAGCAAGGAAACAGGACAGAAAACGGAUAUGACAUGUUUAUUGGAAAUGUUCCAGGAGAUGGAAAAGAAAAGAGAAAAGCAAAGAAAGGAAGAUAUGGAGAGACAAUUAAGAAAAGAAGAAGAACAAGAAAAACAAAGAAAGGAAGAUAUGGAGAGACAAUUGAGAAAAGAAGAUGAUCAAGAAAAACAAAGAAAAGAAGAUAUGAGUGAAUUAAAACAAGCGAUCUUAAGGAAUACAGAAGAAAUAUCUGGUGUUUUGGAUAAGAAAAUAGAACAAAUGAAGAAAGAAUUUAAAGAGGAGCAGAAAAUAUUUCAGGCAGAAAUGGAAGAGAAAAUUUCAAGAAUGGAACAGAAAGUUGCAGAAGGAGUUGAAGAUACUAAGAAAAAAGAACAGGAAUGUAAGAGCAGGGUUUUUCAAUUAUGCGAAAAUAUCAGGAGAAUAGAAGAUAAUGUCCAAGAAAAAACUCAUGAAAUGGAAAGUAGAUGA